GUCCGGAGCUGUUUUGGCUUCAGACCACAGACCGUCUGACCGGAGGGACGACGGGAGACGCUCCGCUGAAACCCAAGCAGCUUCCAUUGUCACCGGGUUGCGUUAUAAGCAGCUGUACUGCGUUAUUCGUUAGGCUGUGACGGUGUAAUAACACUGACAGAGAUGCCGUCCGACAGACCCUUCAAACAAAGGAGGACAUUUGCUGACCGGUGCAAAGAGGUGCAGCAGAUCCGGGAGCAGCACCCCAACAAGAUCCCUGUGAUCAUUGAGCGAUACAAGGGAGAGAAGCAGUUGCCUGUUUUGGACAAGACCAAGUUCCUGGUACCUGACCACGUCAACAUGAGUGAGCUGGUCAAGAUCAUCAGGCGUCGGCUGCAGCUGAACCCCACGCAGGCCUUCUUCCUGCUGGUCAACCAGCACAGCAUGGUGUCAGUGUCCACACCCAUCUCCGAGAUCUACGAGCAGGAGAGAGACGAGGACGGCUUCCUCUACAUGGUCUACGCCUCGCAGGAGACCUUCGGCUGCUAGGAAGGGAGAGGGGGACGGGGAGGGAGAGCGGGACAUCUUCAGGUGCUGGGAGAUCGGGGGGAGAGGGUGGAGGGGGGGGGGGGGGGGGCGCAUGAGAGGAAAAGAGAGGUAUGUGGGGUCAGAACCGACCAGAAACCACCAAACUCCAUGAUCCUCUCCACUUUGUUGCAUCACAGGCCCACGUAGCAAAACCCCGUCAGUCCGUGUGUAUGUGACAGACACCUCGUGUCCCUCGCUCUCUGUCGUAGUCGAGCACCUUUUUCAGAUUGGUCAGUAAGUUACAACACUAGCUACAAAAGCCAGAGUCUUUCCUGCCCUCAGAGUUAGAAAUCAGAAUCACACCUGGGGUAACUCUGAGUGCUUUAUCUCAUCGCUCGGUCCUGCUUUUGGUCCCACGUGGGCUGAGGUCUCUUAAUUUGAAAGGGCGGGACAAACCAAGUUGGGAAGCUGUCUGUAAAGUUUCACAAAAACACUAUUGAUUGAUUGAUUGAUUGAUUUUCAUCCUCAAAGCUAUACAUAUACAUAUACAUGUAUUAGACAAGCUAAACCUGAAGGCAGGCAGUCGCUUGCAAGUUUAAGAUGUAACCUGAAGCUUGGAUGAUGAAGUCACAGAUACCGCAGGUGAAAGCACAGCACAGCUUGGUUCAUAACUAUCCAUUAAUUUGCUGUGUCAGUUUAUAUCCUCAUCAUUGCAGCAGCAGUAGUUCAAGCUAGAAGGUAGAUUCGUAGUGAUUGUUUUACCUUUUAACCUUUUUUUAACUCACGUUUUAGUUUUUUAAUUCUUGUCUUCUGUUUGAAAUAUUAACUGUAGUUUAGUUUGCGUUGUAUAACUAGUUCUGAGUUUGUUUUAAUCAUACAUUUACCGUCAGCCUGAAGCUCAACUUGCCAACUCGCUGCUGGCUACCGAGUAGCUGACAAUCAGGCUAAAAACGACUGUAAUCCUGGGAAAGUUCGGAGCAGUUACAGUAAUUUUACAUGUGCAAUAUUUCUCCCUUCACGCCUCUGUAGGUUUGAUAAGACACGUGAGACCAGCAGCUCUGCUGGGUAACGCUGUUAAUCAGAUAUCAUCUGUCUUAGUGGUGGUCACUGCUCCACCCCCUCCUCUGUAAAGCUACUGUAACGUACGAAACGCAGCUACGCGCUGCCGCAUCAGGUGUGGCAGGUCGACAGCACGUUAACAGCCAUUAUUCUCAGACUGAAGUUUAUGUCUUUUUGCCCGUAAGCACAAUACACCUUAGUAUCACUACUCAUCUGUCUUCCUGCACAAGGCCCCACCCCCCCACACAUUUAACCACAUAUAACGCCAUCA